AUGGUGCUAAUAAGUCGAAGUUUUUCUUCAUCCUUUGAGCAUCAUCUUUGCUCUCCCACUGAAGCUUCUGCUUUGCUUCAGUUCAAACAAUCCUUUCAAAUAUCCAACCUUGGUUACAGCUGCGGUAGUUCUUUCCCAAAAAUAAAGUCUUGGAAUGAGAGUAGGGAUUGCUGCACUUGGGAUGGAGUCACUUGUCACAUGUUAACCGGUCAUGUUAUCGCAUUGGACCUUAGCUGUAGUCACCUUGUUGGCAGCUUUCAUCCCAACAGCAGCCUCUUCCACCUUCAUCAUCUCCAGAAACUAAACCUUGCUUACAAUGACUUCUCAACUUCUUCAAUCCCAAAUGACAUUGGCCGAUUGACGAAUUUGAGGCAUCUAGACCUUUCUAAUUCUUUAUCUGAUGGUAAAAUCCCAACAGAGAUCUCAUACCUUUCCAAGUUGAUUUCACUUGACCUUUCUUCUUACGACAGUGAUGUCCAAGUUGAUUUUUCUUAUGAGAAUGGAUUUGAACUUGAUGAGAUAACAUUUGAAACAAUGCUUCAGAACAUGACAAAUCUGGAGGUACUUUCUCUCUCUUCUGUCUACAUCUCAUCUCCGAUACCUGUGAAUGUUUCUUCCUCUUUAAGGUACGUGGAUCUUCAAUAUACUAAUCUACAAGGUGUUCUCACAGAGAAAUUUUUCCUUCUGCCAAACUUGGAAACACUCUAUUUGAGUGGGAAUGAUCUUCUGAAAGGAGUUUUACCAAAGAUGCACCCGAGCAACACUCUGUUGGAGUUGGAUAUUUCAAGCACAGGAAUCUCUGGUGAGCUGCCUGAUUCAAUUGGCACCUUGAGUUCUUUGAAUAUCUUGAACCUCCAAGGAUGUCAAUUCUUGGGUUCCAUUCCUGAUUCCAUUGGCAACCUAACCGAAAUUAGGGAGUUGAUUUUAUCUCAUAAUCAUUUCACUGACCAUAUUCCUUCUACAAUCUCUAAAUUGAAGCACCUCACACGUUUGGAUCUUUCAUCUAACUCCUUUUCAGGUGAAAUUCCCAACGUUUUCUCUAACCUCCAACAGCUACGUACUUUACAUCUUUCUAAUAACAGCUUCAUCGGUUUGUUUCCUUCUACACUUUCAAACUUGACACAUCUUGAAUACUUAAAAUUGUUGAGUAAUUCCCUAUCUGGCCCACUUCCUAAUAAUGCGAGCAUGCUUCAAAAGCUAACCGAACUGGAUUUAUCUUACAACUCACUGAAUGGUACCAUACCAUCUUGGGUGUUUAGCCUACCUUCAUUGUCGCUCCAUCAUAAUCGAUUUAGUGGACUAGCCGAUGAGCUCAAAACAAACCCAACAUUAGAAGAACUGGAUUUAAGUCAUAAUCAACUCAGUGGUUCUUUUCUUCAAUCACUUGCGAAUCUCACAAACCUUUUUACCCUUGACAUUUCAUCAAAUAACAUCACGGGUGAUGUGGGAAUAAAUAUCACCUUUCCUAGCCUAGAAAAAGUGUUCUUAUCAUCUUGUGAAUUGAGGGAUGUUCCACACUUCUUGAGAAAUCUAAAGACACUUCAGGUCUUGGAUAUUUCUAACAAUAAGAUUCGUGGUCAAAUCCCUAACUGGUUUAGCGGCAUGAAGUGGGACUCUUUAGAGCACCUAAGCAUUUCACAUAAUUUUUUGACAGGCAAUGUAGGAGAAUUUCAUUUUCACAAUUUAGCGUCUCUUGAUCUUAAAUUUAACUCCCUUCAGGGUCCACUACCUUCAUCCAUUUGUAACAUGAGCAGACUUUUAUUAUUAGAUUUAUCACAUAACUACUUCAGUGACACAGUUCCACAUUGCUUGGGGAUAAUGUUUAGGCUAGAUGUGCUGGACUUAAGAAGGAACAAUUUCACAGGGAGUCUUCCCCCAUUAUGUGCACACAGCACUUCGUUGAGUACCAUUGUCAUAAAUGGUAAUCAAUUUGAAGGACCUGUACCUGUGUCGUUGCUAAAGUGUGAUGGUCUAGAAGUACUUGAUGUGGGGAACAAUGCUAUAAAUGACACGUUUCCAGCUUGGCUCGGAAUUCUUCAAGAGCUGCAGGUCCUUAUAUUAAAGUCGAACAAGUUCCAUGGACCAAUAAUGGCUCACUUCCUGCAAAAGUUUUUGGAAACUGCAAUGAUCAAAUUAGAUGGUGAAGACACAGGAGAGAUCAAGUACAUGGAACCAUCUAUGAUGAUGAUGAUGUCAACGGACACAUCGUAUGAGUAUUCAGUGAGUUUGGUAAUCAAAGGACAUGAUAUUGAGCUAGAAAGAAUCAGCACAAUUAUGACAACCAUAGAUCUCUCAAGCAACCAUUUUGAAGGUGUCGUUCCGAAAACACUAAAGGAUCUCAGCUCACUUUGGCUACUCAAUUUAUCUCAUAACAAUCUCAGAGGUGAUAUUCCAAUGAAACUAGGACAAUUGAAUAUGCUUGAAGCUUUAGAUCUCUCUUGGAAUCGGCUCACUGGAAAGAUCCCACAGGAAUUGACAAGAAUGAACUUACUGGCAUUCUUAAACCUCUCUCAAAAUCAUCUUGUCGGACCAAUUCCUCAAGGUCCACAAUUCAACACAUUUGGAAGUGACUCGUAUGGUGGAAACCUUGAUUUAUGUGGUCCUCCUUUAUCAAAGCAAUGUGGAACGAGUGAUUCAUCGCAUGUUCCUCAACCAUUGGAGGAAGAAGAAGAAGACGAGUCAUAUUUUUUUAGUGGAUUUACGUGGGAAUCAGUAGUCAUAGGCUACAGUUUUGGACUCGUUGUUGGAACUAUCAUGUGGAGCCUCAUGUUUAAAUAUCGUAAGCCAAAAUGCUGGUUGAGGAAUUUGAAGCAUCUCAAUCUUUCUGAUGAUUACUUUCAAGGGGAAAUCCCAACAGAAAUCUCAUACCUUUCCAAUUUGGUUUCACUUGAUCUUUCUGUUCCUUCUUAUGUGAAUGGAUUACAAUUUGAUCAGAGAGCAUUUGAAGCAGUUCUUCAGAACUUGACAAAUCUGGAAGUACUUUCUCUCUUUGGUGUCAACGUCUCAUCUCCGAUACCUAUGAAUUUGUCUUCCUCCUUAAGGUAUGUCAAUCUUAAGGUAACAAAUUUGGAAGGUGUUCUCACGGAGAGCUUAUUCCUUCUGCCAAACUUGGAAACACUCUAUUUGAGUAAUAACUAUCUUCUCAAAGGAGUUUUACCAAAGAUCCACCCGAGCAGCACUCUGUUGGAGUUGGAUAUUUCAUACACCGGAAUCUCCGGUGAGCUGCCUCAUUCAAUUGGCACCUUGAGUUCCUUGACUCGCUUGUACCUCUAUGGAUGUCAAUUCUCUGGUCGCAUUCCUGAUUCCAUUGGCAAUCUUACACAAAUUAGGUAUUUGAAUUUUGGUAAUAAUCAUUUCACUGGCAAUAUUCCUUCCACAAUCUCUAAAUUGAAGCACCUCGCAGUUUUAGCUCUUUCAUCUAACUCCUUUGGAGGUGAAAUUCCCAAUUUUUUCUCUAACCUCCGUGAACUACGUUAUUUAAGUCUUUCUAAUUGCAGCUUCAUCGGUCCGUUUCCUUCUCCACUUUUAAGCUUGACACAACUUGAAACCUUAGACUUGUCGAGAAAUUCCCUAUCAGGACUAUUUCCUAGAAAUGCAAGCAUGCUUCAAAAGCUAGCCGAGCUGGAUUUGUCUUACAACUNAAUUGGCACCUUGAGUUCCUUGACUCGCUUGUACCUCUAUGGAUGUCAAUUCUCUGGUCGCAUUCCUGAUUCCAUUGGCAAUCUUACACAAAUUAGGUAUUUGAAUUUUGGUAAUAAUCAUUUCACUGGCAAUAUUCCUUCCACAAUCUCUAAAUUGAAGCACCUCGCAGUUUUAGCUCUUUCAUCUAACUCCUUUGGAGGUGAAAUUCCCAAUUUUUUCUCUAACCUCCGAGAACUACGUUAUUUAAGUCUUUAUAAUUGCAGCUUCAUCGGUCCGUUUCCUUCUCCACUUUUAAGCUUGACACAACUUGAAACCUUAGACUUGUCGAGAAAUUCCCUAUCUGGACUAUUUCCUAGAAAUGCAAGCAUGCUUCAGAAGCUAGCCGAGCUGGAUUUGUCUUACAACUCAUUGAAUGGUACCAUACCAUCUUGGGUGUUUACCCUACCUUUGCUAUCUUCAGUGUCGCUCCAUCAUAACCGGUUAAGUGGUUCUUUUCCUCAAUCACCUGUGAAUCUCACAAACCUUUCUACCCUUGACCUUUCAUCAAAUAACAUCACCCUUGAUCCGGGAAUACAAAUCACUUUACCUAGCCUAGAAAUUUUGCAGUUAUCAUCUUGUGAACUGAAGGAUUUUCCACACUUCUUGAGAAAUGUAAAGACACUUAUGGUGUUGGAUAUUUCUAACAAUAAGAUUCGUGGUCAAAUCCCCAACUGGUUUAGCGGCAUGAGGUGGGACUCCUAA